ACACUAUUUUUUUGUAUGUUAAGGAACGGCCGAAAUCUGUUUCCCUCCACAAGCUCGCGAAAUAUCUUUCCCUCCAAAAACUGGGGAAAUCGACUCUCUCCCCCCUUUCUCUAUAUGUAGAUUUCGUUAUUUUCCUCAUCCAGUCUUUGGCAUUACUGACGAUGUCGACCCCUUUGGAAGGGAAAGAGACCCAAAAUUCACCCUCUCAGACUAUUAAAGUGGAUAUUAGCGCAGAUAAUAAGACUUGUAGAGUUACUUGGAAGAUUGAAAAUUUCAUGAACCUGGACGCUGAGAGACACUACUCUGAAAUAUUCAUUGUUGGAGGCUGCAAAUGGCAGCUGAUGAUAUAUCCAAAGGGGAAUAAUGUGAACUAUUUGUCAGUGUACUUAAAAGUGCCGGACGCUGAUAGUCUGCCUGAUGGGUGGAGCCGAUUCGCAGAUGUCUGCUUCUGUGUCAUAAACCAGACUAAUGGCAAGGACACAAUUAGCAAAGAAGCACCCUUUAUAUUUGGUGGGCAGGCAAGAGGCUGUAGCUGGCCGUCAUUUAUCCCUAUCCAUGAUCUCAGCCCACAAACGGGUUUUAUGUUUAACAACACAAUUAUUUUGGAAGUAUUGGUCUCCAUGCUUGAUGCCAUCCAUUACUCGACAGACAACACUAAAACGAAAACUAUGUCCAAGAGUGAGAUGGAGCAUGGAUUGAAGCCCCAGGAUACAGGAACUGAACUGGAUGACAAUACUACCAAGAUGGAGGCAUUGAAGAAUAAGAUUGAAGCUUAUGAGCAAGAGCUGGCCAUGAAGGAUGAGGAGGCCAAAUAUAAAGAGAUGGUCAUUGCUAGAAAGGAUGGAGAAAUUGCUAAAUUAGAUGGGGAAAAUAAAGAAUUGAGAGCAGCCUUGAGACUAUUGGAAGUGAUGGUGGAAGACAUGCAGGUCGUUACUACUCGUUUGCGGGGACGUUCUUAUCCAAGCAAUCUUACUCCAAAAGAGAGAUCUCUAACUUCAAUAGGAUGUUCAGAAGAUCCAAUUGAAAGAAUUGGGAAAAAGUCCCAGGAUCCAUAACGAUUUCUUGUCAUUUUUUGCUGUAGUGGGUUCCAUUUUGUUUCCGUGUUUCCUCACAUGGAAAUGCUACAGAAUUCUGAUGAAAAACACCUUUUUGUUGUACAUGGAAAUGCUAAAGAAUUCUGAUGAAAAAGACCUUUUGUUGUACAUGGAAACUGUUAAAGAGUCACUCUUUGUCGUACAUA